GGCUUUCAAACAAAUCAAUACAUGGACUGGGUUUAUGGAAAAAUCUCAACAAACACGCUGUUUUGAAAGAUUUUCUUAAUUAUUAUUAACUAAUAAUGACGGAACUUAAUAAUUUACCUCCCGGUUGGGAUACAAAAGUAGAUAGAUUAACUGGAAAGAGAUACUAUAUCAAUCACCAUACCAAAACUACUACUUGGGAAGAUCCAAGAAAUAAACAUCGAGGAAAUGGUGAAUACAUCCCUUUACAGCAUGGAACCCCUGACACUAGAAGAAAUUACAUUUAUCCCAGCCAACCUUCUCCUAAACCAGCAUUUCAAAUAUCUGGUCACAGCCCUAAAUAUAUUCCCCUAAAGGAUGUAAAACCAUCUCGUAAUAAUACUUCAUUACGACCUCAACAAACGCAAGAAUCAACGUUGACCAUUUCACAAGAAACUGAUGAAUCUGUGGCAAAAAUAAGUUCAAUGUUUCCCACAGUUUCUGAUACUCACAUUCGGCUACUUUUAAAAAAGUAUCACAAUCGUGAAGCAGUGGUAAUAAGUGCUUUGCAGGUUGAAAAGCAUCCGAUUGCAACCCCCGGGCCUUUCGCGACUCCGCCACCGGCUCGGAGUAUUUUUCCGGGAAUUCAUCCUUCUUUACAGAUGACGCCACCUUUGGGAGUUCGCAGUUAUUCAUCGCGAGGUGGUAGUCCCAUCACUAGGUUUGGCUCAUUUGGGGCUACGUUAGAGAGUCCCAGAGUAAACGAUCAUCCUCGAAAUCGACCACAUUCUUCACCGAAGCUAAAACUAAGGUACAUGAAAUCAAUUUUUCCAAAAGCCGAAGAAACUGUUAUAUUGGAUGUUUUAACAAGUAACGAAAAUAACAUUCAAAAAGCAUCGGAUACUUUAAAAGGGAUGGGUUAUGAACGAAGAGAUCCAGUUAAAUUAUUACAACAACAAGAAGCUGAAGCAAAACGGGAAGAGGAAGAAAAAGCAAGACAAAACGAAGCCGUUGAAACAAUUGAAAUUCUUUUGAUACCUAAAAUAAAAACACCAGAAGAAAAAGAUCGAAUUAAAAUAAGUCUUCAAGAACAAUACAAAGAUAUAACAGAACAAGUAAUAACAAUAGCAUUAGAAAGUGUCGAAUAUGACGAAACUAAAGCCUGCCAAAUUUUGCAAAUAAUGGUGCAAGAAGAUGCUGAUAAUAAAGAGGAAAACACUGAAAUCAAAGAUACCGUAGAUUCUUUAGAAGAGGAACCAUCUUCGCUACAACCACAAAUUAAUAUUCCAAUAUCACAAAGUCGGCAUUCAUUUAAAUCGUUGAUAGCGGAAAAAUCGGAAGUGCCCUCUAAAGAUAAAAAUAUUCUGAGAAUUUUUGUUGAAGAAAAUUGUAAUAAAAUGGCUUUAGGUGCAAAUCCAAAUUAUGCUAAGGGACCAAAGGAUGAAUUAUUACUAUUAGAUUAUGCUCCAUGGGAUGGGCCGAAUGAGAAUCUUCGGUGUGGACCAAAAAAAGGUUUAGCAAAAGGACCAAAUAAAAAUAAUUUAUCGAAUCGUGACUAUAAAUCGUUUGGACCCAAUCCCGAUUUGAGAAAAGGAGCUAAAGUCGGUUUGGCGAAAGGGAGUAUGUUUAAACAAUUUCGGAAUAUUGUUAUUGGAGAAUCUCGUGGAAAAUAGCUAAUGUUGUGUUCUUUGUUGUAAAAUAUGAUUAGGUUUAAUUUUUUUUAAUUAACAACACGGGUUUUAUUUUUUUAGUAAUUUUAAACUUUACUGGUUAUAUUAUGAAUUUAAACUUAACAGAUUUUUUUAUUCACAAAAGAUAUAAUUAUCUAUUGGAUUUUAAGAUAGUAUGUUUUUCGUUUUAUAUAUUUUAUAUUUUUAUCUUAUUUUAUUUUUAUAUGUUAAUUUUUUUAUUGUUUUUUUAUAAUUUUUGAGUUUAUGGUUGGAGAUAUCAUGUUACAGUUACUCCAAUUAUGCUUUCUACUCAUUUAUUGUCCAAUUUUGUCUGCCACAUCGAUUUAUUCUCAUUUUCUAAUAACAAAAAAUUCGUCGCUUUGAGACAGCUAGGUAUAAAAACUUUGAGUAGGCUUACAGAUCAAAUUGUAAACGAAUUUUGCUACUUACAAUUGAUUUCACAAAUAAUUAAUCCAGUAUAUAGGUGUCUCAGCGAGACCGUUCAUUAGACGUAAAAAUCAGCUUUUCUAUCUACAAAAUCUCUACUUAGCAGUAACAUACAAUCGCUUUAAAUGACUUUUUUUUAGUACUGCAGACUGAAGUAUUAAAGUAAAGUUCUGUCUGAUUAUAAAAUGUUACUUUAGGGAGAUAUUCGAUUCUUUUAUACAUAUUCUAUUAUAUCUCCAUUACUUAUUUCAGCUGUGGAUUUCCUUUUCUAAUACACAAGCUAUCGUUAACAGCUUUUGACAGGAUUUUUUGUCAAAUAUUCUUGGUCAAGCUUUAUCAAAGCCGCAACUAUCACCGUUCGGGAGUAGCUGAGUACUGAAAAUCCGAUGCAACUUGCUUCUUUUAAGACAAAAACUACCAAAUUUUCUUUUUUAUUAUCUGGAGCUGACCAUGAUAGAGACUGCCUUUUCGCAGAGCUGGUUCAUAUUAGUCUGCGCCCGUUUCCGACAGAAACAACCGGAUGUUAAUAAGUAACCUUUCCCCGCACAGUCGAUCUAUACACAUCUCUUAAUACUACUUAAAAGUUCCAGAGUCGCAUGGUAUAGGUAAACUUUAUAUCCUUGUUAAUUAAAUUUAUUUCCUUUAUAUCCUUGUGGCUGCAUUCCUCGCUUUGCCACCUUGAGACACAUCUUGAAUUUGAUUUUAUCAACUUUUCGACAUAGCAUCCUCGUCAUUGCAUAAACUCUAGGACAUCCUUAGAUCAAUGUUCGUUGUCCUCCAUUAUUUUUAUGGAGUUGUUGGAAGAUUUUAUUUGAUUUUUAGUUUUAUAUUUGAUUUUUAUUUUUAGAUUCUAAUUAAUAGCGUAUUUCAUAAAAGAUUAACUUUUUUUAGUUUAUCUUACACAAUCAUAACAAUAGCUUUUCUAAAUUUUUAAUGUGAUACUUCACUUCCGUCUUUAUUGCAUCCGAAAAUAAUUAUAUCAUCUGCUAGAAUGUCUACUCCCUUCAAUCUUUGAAGAAUAUUUUUCAUUUGGAAUAUUAGGUGCUGGAGCUAUCUCAAAUGGCUUUAAUCUUGUGUACAUUCUUAUGUACUUUUUCAAAAUCGUUCCGAAUCACUCUACAUGUUUCAUGUCCUAUAAUAUAAUACAUAUCGUGACAAUGGUAAUUUUUAGCAAAAAUUCCGAUGUUUUGAAAAAGGAUUGUUGCUAAAUAUUUGCAAAAAAGUACGUGUUUAAUUCAAUAACUUAAGAUGAAAUGGAAAGGUCCAAAAAACAAAUCGCUCUUUCUGUUAAAAUUAAACUACAUACUUUUCUUAAUAGAUUCUAAUUUAACAAAUUUUCCUUAUUAUGAUAUCGCCUAAUUUUUCUCUCUUCAAAUAGAGUUCAUUGAGAUAUUCAGUUCGACGGCGAUGUCACAAAUACGUUUAUAAUAAUAAACCCUAUCCAGGUUAUUUGGUUAUUUUUAAAGUUUGUGGGGUUUCGUUAGUCCUCCUUUUAUAGGAUAUUUUACCCUUUUUAUAUGGCUUAUUUACCAUGUACUUGUACUACUUUUCACAACUGAUUUUCUAUAGAGAACAUGAGAAAUCUGUAGUGAUCUCCUAACCUUAAACUCAUAUGUGGUAUAUCCGACCGCGUUCAGAUGCCUCCUCCGCAUCCAAACCGCCCAUUACUUUUUUGGACAUUACUUCAGAUUCUUCUAAUGCUUAACUUCAACAUAAAAUGAUUUUCACCAUACAACGCAAUAAACAAACGCGAUGUGUUCUAUUUAAACCCAGAUGUGAUUUUCUGUCGCCUCAUAUUCUCUGAUUUUUAUAUUGUAGAAGUAAUAGUUAAGAACUCAGAUCACAACAGUGCCAAGGGUAUCUGCUAACCAUUCAGGCUCUUCUCAAUAUGUAUAUUGUUGGCUGCUGCGGUGUAAGUUCGCUUGGAUAACGUUGAGUUCUGUACGGGUUUCAUUUUUUUAGUGUCUUUAUAUGUUCUCAUAGGUGGGCUCAACUUCGUCGGAGACAGUAAGACAAUCAAGAUGUAAUAAAUGUAAUAUUAAUACUAUUAUCAACUUGUCAGAUUUUAUUGUCAAAAGCGAUCUUAUCUUUUGCGUUCUGCCUUAGCAAACUAAUUCAACUAUUUCAAUGCAUUCUGAUUUUGUACCACUACGUAUUUUAUGCAAAACGUCAACGUCAGCAUUGCUCUCUAUCGCUUUGGACACCAAAGCCUUCAUUGGGUUAAAUUUUUGCCCUACAACCGCCUUCUUUUGUGAUAUUUUGUUUAACGUGGUUCCCUUUUGCUAGGCUUCAACAUUAGUUUCGCGGUGCUUUAUUUCUUCUCAUCAUGCGUCAUAUACGUCUUCUUUCUGAAUCCUUUUUCACAACGUUCGAAAAAAAUUCUCCAGUUUUAUGUGAAGUUAUCGGGGACUUUAAUUGGAAGACACGCCAAGCGAUUUUAAUCUUAAUUUAACGAAAAUUCUGUGGAAGGAACAGCUUACAAAUCUUUUCACGAGAUUUGUUUGAAGUACAUAGUAGCCAAGAAAUGUGGCGCGUUUUAUUUUGAAUUGGGUGAUUUUGAAGGAUUGAAUUGAGAGUACAAACUUUGCUGUUAGUAAGCUCAGUGGUUGAACCAGUACGUACGAGGUAGCUUGCACUCAUAGUCAAAUCAUUUUUUUUGUUGCCCACCAGAUAUGAGAAGAAGAGAAAUAUGAUCGAUAACGCUGCAAAUAAUUAAUUUUAGUAGAAAAAUUUAUAUAAAAUUAUGAAAAUAUAACUUACUCUAACAUUUGCACCUGAUAUCUUCUGAUAUAUUAUUUACUAUGUUGUGGACUUUGAAAAUUUAAUUCUAUUCUGUCACCAUAAUUGCUUGUAAAUGCCAAUUUUCGGAAUUCCUUCUUUCAAUUAUCUGGAGACAUUGUCUGGGUAGAUGUACUAUGUUUAAGAAAUAUGAUUCCCACCCCAAGGUUGCGAAACUCUACAAAUUUUCGGUGAUAUAACUACUUCAAAGCACUUUUUCAAUGGAAAGUUCUCUUAUGAUUGUACAUGGGUGGGCCAAAUUGGGCACUUUUAAAGGGAAACUCUUAUUUCUAUAAGAGAUACAGGAAAAAUGACAUCAGUGUCUGAGGCUCGAUUUUUAUAAGAAACUUAAUGGCGAAAACCGCAUAUCUAUAUCUCUUACGGUUUCAGAGAU